AAAGCAGCUCGGCGCUCAGGCUGAGGGACUCGCCGACUCGGAAUCCCACAUGGAAGUUCAUGUGCUGUGACACCUGUGAGGAGGAACAGCGACCCAGUAUAUAGGAUACACGUUUAGCACGAAGAAAGCUCGCGGCUCCCGUAUAAAACAUGAAGGCGCAGAUAUUUCUACCCGUGACUGUAAUCGUGUCUGUGGCUUUGAUGGGUGUCGUAAAAAUCCGGUCAAAGGAGCAAGAGAAAGACGACAAACAGAGGCUGUUUGUGAAUAUCAAGAUGCGGGUGACCAACGAUGUGCUAGAAGAGUAUGAGAACGAGAGGACAGAGACGAGUAACCAACUGGUAAAGGCCCGUGGUCGGUACAAAAUAAUGGAGGAAGAGCUGAAAUCAGUCCAGAUACAAGCAGAUAAGGCGAAGGCUGAAGUGGACACCUGCAAAGGAAACCAGAAAAUCGCAAGUGAUAAGCUUGCAUCACUACAGACAGAACUCAAAAAUCUCCAAGCUGCCAUGGAUGAGGAGACGACCAAGUGGAAGACAGAAGCGGAAGCUCUGAAAAAACAAGUCAGCGCACGGAGCUCAGUGUGUGACUUUCUGAAAACAGGCUCAGAUGCAGGAAGCAAGCUGUGUAACGGACAAGUGAUUGCAGUGGCCCCCAAACAAGAAGAGCCAAAGGCAGAGGCCCCUAAACAAGAAGAGCCAAAAGCAGAGGCCCCUAAACAAGAAGAGCCAAAAGCAGAGGCCCCUAAACAAGAAGAGCCAAAAGCAGAGGCCCCUAAACAGGAAGAGCCAAAGGCAGAGGUCCCUAAACAGGAAGAGCCAAAGGCGGAGGCCCCCAAACAAGAGGAGCCAAAGGCGGAGGCCCCCAAGAAGAGAUGAGGUUUUACACCUGGUGUUUACUGCUCCACAACACUCGGAUCUGUUUAAAAAGAGCACACACUCCAGCACGUUGCUUUACUGGGUCGCUGUCCGCAUGUGGUUCAUUAAAGUUAGGAGACGGAGGACUACAUGUGAUUUGCACAUGCUAGCUGGGAUGUUAAUGAAUAUUCCUUAUCAAUCUGUUAUUUAUUUUAAUGCAACAAAAUGAAGAAGAUUGGAAAUGCGUUUCAGUGUGGGCCGCAUGUUGUUGUUUCUAUCUGAUGGUGUCAAAUUCUUUGUAAUAAACAAAUUGUGCAACAAUGCAAA